GAAAGCAAUCCAACAAUGACACAAGUAUUAUCAACAACUAAGACUUCACCGGAAAUGCAUCCCACCACAUCACAGCUGUUAACAGCGACACAGGCUUCAUCACUGACCCACUCAACAGAAAACAAAUUGUCAUCACGCGCAUCGUCCUCAACUGAAACCCAUCUAUCUGCACACCCAUCAUCAGUGACACUUUCCACAGGAGAAUCCAAUCUAACAACAUUGCAACUCUCAUCAAGACCUGUGACUUCUUCACAAUCCCAGACUGUAAAUUCCCAACAAUCAUCAAUAACUGAGACACCAUCAGAACUGUAUCCAACAACAACACAGACAUCAGCAGUAAUAAUAUCUUCAUCAGAGACACAUCCAACAACUGAACAAAUAUCAUCAUUGGCAAUGUCUUCAUCACUGAUCCACUCAACACCUCAAGGCUCAAUCGAAACUGCGUCUAGUUCAACCACCACACAGUUAGCAACAAUAACUGGCUCUUCAACAGAAAUAAGUCAAACAACUUUACAAGUAUCAUCGAUCACAAAACAUUCAGCACUGACUGAACAAAGUAACAUAAUCUCAUUGAUAACUGGGACUUCAUCAGGCACCAAGACAAAUACAACGCAAAUAUCUUCAACAACGGAAACUUCAUCAGAAUUGCCCCCUACAUCAACAAAUGGGUCAUUUGUAACACUGAAUUCAUCAACAAACACUCUAACCACAAUGAAACCCUCACCAGCCUCAUCAGAAAACCAUUUGUCAGCACAGAGUAUAUCAAUGAAUUCAUCACCAUCAGAAAACAGUCCCACAACAGCACAAGUCACAUCCAAAACUGAGCCUUCUGCAGAAUCACAUCCAACGGUGACACAAGUCUCAUCAAUAACUGAGUCUCCUUCAGAAACCAGGCAGAGACAAUCCCAAGUAACCUUGACAGGAGCAUCCUCAUCUGAAUCUCAGCCAGUAAAUUCUCCAGUAACAUUGACGAUGCAAUCAUCAAAAAAUACUUGGCCAACAAUGACACAAUUGUCAUCCAGCACUGAGUCCUCAGCAGAAACCACUUCAAGCAAAGCACAAGUGUCCCCAGUAACUGAGACAGUAUCAGUAACACAUCCAACAACAAGUAAUGUGUCAUUCCAUACUGUGCCAUCAUCAGAAAGGAAUCCAAAAAUGACACAGGUAACAUCAAACACUAAGACUUCAUCUGAAUUGUAUCCCACAACAACACAGAUGUCAGCAAUGACAGAAACUUUAUCAGGGACGCAGUCAACACAAAGAGAAUUGUCAUCAAUAACAUUGUCCUCAGCUGAACAUUAUUCAUCUACACAGCCAUUAUCACUGACUCCUUCUACACCAGAAUCUGUGUCAUCAAGAUCUCAAUUCACAUCAGUAACUGAGUCUUCAUCAGAACUCCAUAGUACCCAUGCCCAAAGAUUAUCAAUGACAGCGACAUCAUCAGAAAUGUAUCCAACAAUAACACAGACAUCAGCGGGAACAAUGUCUUCAGCUGAGACACAUCCAACAACUGCACAAAUAUCAUCACUGGCAAUGUCUUCAUCACUGAUCCACUCAACACCUCAAGGCUCAUUCGAAACUGAGUCCAGUUCAACAACCACACAGGUGCCAUCAAUAACUGGCUCGUCAACAGAAACAAGUCAAACAACUUUACAAGUAUCCUUGAUCACAAAACAUUCAACACUGACUGAACAAAGUAACAUAUUCUCAUUGAUAACCGGAUCUUCAUCAGGCACCAAGACAAGUACGACACAAAUAUCUUCAACAAGAGAGACUUCACCAGAGUUGUCCCCUGCACCAACACAGGGGUCAUUUGUAACACUGAACUCACCAGCAAACACUCUAACCACAAUGAAACCCUCCUCAGUUAUACCAACCUCAUCAGAAAACCAUUCAUCAGCACAGAGUAUAUCAAUGAAUUCAUCAACAUUAGAAAACAAUCCCACAACAGCACAAGUCACAUCCAAAACUGAGCCUUCUGCAGAAUCACAUCCAACGGUGACACAAGUCUCAUCAAUAACUGAGUCUCCUUCAGAAACCAGGCAGAGACAAUCCCAAGUAACCUUGACAGGACCAUCCUCAUCUGAAUCUCAGCCAGUAAAUUCUCCAGUAACAUUGACGAUGCAAUCAUCAUCAAAUACUUGGCCAACAAUGACACAGUUAUCAUCCAGCACUGAGUCCUCAGCAGAAACCACUUCAAGCAAAGCACGAGUGUCUCCAGUAACUGAGACAAUAUCAGUAACACAUCCGACAAGUAAAAUGUCAUUCAAAUCGCUGUCAUCAUCAGAAAGCAGUCCACCAAUGACACAGGUAACAUCAAUAACUAAGACUUCAUCGGAACUGUAUCCCACAACAGCACAGCUGUCAACAGUGACACAGACUUCAUCACAGACCAACUCAACAGGAAAAGAAUUGCAAUCAAUAGCGUCGGCCUCAGUUGAAACCCAUUCAUUUGCAAAGCCAUCAUCGGCGACUCCUUCUACAUCAGAAACCAAAUCAUCAACAUCACAACUCUCAGCCAUAACCGAGUCUUCUUCAGAACUCCAUCGUACACACACCCAAAGAUCAUUAAGAACUGGGACUAUAUCAGAAAUGUAUCCUACAGCAACACAAAUGUCAACAGUACCAAUGUCUUCAUCACAGAUCCAUCCAACAACUGCACAAAUAUCAUCAUUGACAACGUCCUCAUCACAGAUCCACUCAACACCACAAGGGUCAUUAGAAACUGCUUCCACUUUAGAAACGAGCUCGCCCAAUGCAGAGAAACCAACAAUAACUGGCUUUUCAAUACAAACAGGUCAAGCAACUUCACAACUAUCCUCAAUCACAAAAAACUCAGCAGGGACCCAACAAAGUAAUACAGUCUCAUUGGUAACUUGGUCUUCACCGGGCAGCCACUCAUCAGUGACACAAUUUUCAUCAUCAAAAGAGCCUGCAUCUGAAUUGUCCCCUGCAUCAACACAAGCGUCAGCAGUAACAGUGAAUUCAUCAGCAACCCAUCCAACCACAGUGAAAGAAUCAACCACACCGGCCUCAUCAGAAACCUAUCCGUCCCCACAGAGUACAUCAAUAAAUUCUUCAACAUUCAAAAACAAUUCAACAGCAGCACAGGUGUCACCCAUAACUGGGUCUUCUUCAGAAUCCUUUCCAAAAGUAACAGAACCUUCACCAAGCAUUGAAACCCCAAAACAGACCAGUCAGGGAUCAUUACAGAAAACCUCUUCAGGACAAUCUUCAUCUGAAUCUCAUCCAGCAAACACAUUAUUAACACUGAUGACACAAUCAUCAUCACAAUCUCAGCCAACAAUCUUUCAACUAUCAUCCAGCACUGAGUCCUCAGCAGAAACCAUUUCAAGAGAUGCACUAGUGUCCCCAGUAAAGGAGACACCAUCAGUAACACACCCAGCAACGAGUAAUGUGUCAUUCCAAACUGUGCCAUCAUCAGAAAGGAAUCCAACAAUAAUACAAUCAUCACCAAUAACUGACACUUCAUCUGAAUUGCAUCCCACAACAACGCAGGUGUCAGCAGUAACACAGACUUCAUCAGGAACCCAAUCUACACAAAGAGAAUUGUCAUCAAUAACAUCGUCCUCAUCUGAAAACCAUUCAUCUGCACAGCCUUCAUCACAGACACCUUCUACACCAGAAUCUGGGUCAACAAGAUCACAAUUCACAAAUGUAACUGAAUCUUCAUCAGAACUCCAUGGCGCCCACGCCCAAAGAUCAUCAACAACUGAGACAUCAUCAGAAAUCUAUCCAACAAUACAGACAUCAGCAGGAACAUUGUCUUCAUCAGAGAUACAUCCAACAACUGGAGAAAUAUCACUGGCAACAUCUUCAUCAAUAAACCAAUCAACACCACAAAGGUCAUUGGAAACUGCGUCCAUUUCAAUCAUGGCACAAGUAGCAUCAGUAACUGGCUCCUCAAAAGAAACAAGUCAGGCAUCAUCAAUCACAAAAAAUUCAGCACUGACUGAACAAAGUAACAAUGACUCUUUGGCGACUGGAUUUUCAUCAGGCAGCCAGACAACAACAACAAAAAUAUUACCAAUAACAGAACCUUCAUCUGAGUUGUCCCAUGCUUCAAUACAAGUGUCAGCAGUUACACCAAAUUCCUCAGAAUCCCAUCCAACCACAGUGAAAUCUUCAUCAUUUACAUCAGCUUCCUCAGGAAACUAUUCCUCAGCACAGAGUACAUCAAUAAAUUCUUCAGCAUCAGAAAACAAUGCAACACUAGUACAUGUCACAUCCUUAACUGAGUCUUCUUCAGCAUCACAUCCAAUAGUGCCAGAAGCAUCGUCAAUCACUGAGACCCCAUUACACAACAGUCAGGUAUCAUCACAAGCAUCAGGACAAUCUUCAUCUGAACCUUAUCCAGCAAACACAACAGUGACACAGAUGACUCAAUCAUCUUCAGAAACCCAGCCAACAGACACACAAUUCUCAUCCAGCACUGAGUCUUCAGCAGAAAUCAUUUCAGGAGACGCACGAGAAUCUUCAGUAUCUGCGACAUCAUCAGGAACACAUCCAACAACGAACUUGUCAUUGAAGACAGUGUCAUCAUCGGAAAGCGAUCCAACAAUGAUACAAGUAUCAUCAAUAACUAAGGUUUCAUCUAAAUUGUAUCCCACAACAACACAGGUAUCAGCAGUAACACAGACUUUGUCAGAGAUCCAGACAGCACAAAGAAAAUUGGCAUCAUUAAAGUCAUCCUCAGCUGAAAACUAUUCUUCUGCACAUCCAUUCUCGCAGACCCCUUCUACACUAGAACCUGGGUCAUCAAGAUCAGAAUUCACAUCAAUAACUGAGUCUUCAUCAGAAAGUAACAAUGUCUCGUUGGUUACUGGGUCUCCAUCAGGCAGCUGGAAAACAACGUCAUCAGACUCCCAACUAACCACAGCAAAAUCUUCAUCAUUUACACCAGCCUCAUCAGAAACCUAUUCCUCAGCACAGAGUGCAUCAAUAAAUUCUACAACAUCAAAUACCAAUGCAACAACAGCACAAGUGGCAUCCAUAACUGGGUCUUCUUCAGAAUUACAUCCAAUAGUGACACAAGUCUCAUCAACAACUGUGUCUCUACCGGAAACCAGUCAGGGAUCAUCCCAAUUAUCCUUUUUAGGACAAUCGUCAUCUGAAUCUCAUUCAGCAACAACUCCAUUGACACGAACGACUCAUUCUUCAUCAGAAACACAGCCAACAAGGAUACAAUCAGUAUCCAGUACUGACCGCUCAGCAGGAAGUACUUCAGGAGAAGCACCAGAGUCUCCAGUAAAUGAGACAUCAUCACAAACACAUCCAACAACUAGGAACAUGUCUAUCAAAACUUUGAAAUCUUCAGAAAGCAAUCCAACAAUGACACAGAUGUCAUCAAUAACUAAGACUUCAUCAGAAAUGCAAUCUACAACAUCACAGCUGUCAACAGCGACACAGACUUCAUCACUGACCCACUCAACAGAAAACAAGUUUUCUUUGCUCACGUCAUCCUCAUCUGAAACCCAUCUAUCUGCACACCCAUCAUCAGUGACACUUGCUACAGGAGAAUCCAAUCUAACAACAUUGCAAUUCUCAUCAAGACCGGAGUCUUCAUCACAAUCCCAGACUGUACAUACCUACCAAUCAUCAAUAACUGAGACAUCAUCAGAAUUGUAUCCAACAACAACACAGACAUCAGCAGUAACAAUAUCUUCAUCAGAGGCACAUCCAACAACUGAACAAAUAUCAUCACUGGCAAUGUCUUCAUCACCGAUCCAAUCAACACCUCAAGGAUCAUUCGAAACUGCGUCCAGUUCAAUCACCGCAAAGGUACCAUCAAUAACUGGCUCUUCAACAGAAACAAGUCAAACAACUUUACAAGUGUCAUCGAUCACAAAACAUUCAGCACUGACUGAACAAAGUAACACAUUCUCAUUGAUAACUCGGUCUUCAUCAGGCACCAAGACAAAUACAACGCAAAUAUCUUCAACAACAGAAACUUCAACAGAAUUGUCCCCUGCACCAAUACAUGGGUCAUUUGUAACACUGAAUUCAUCAGAAAACACUCUAACCACAAUGAAAUCCUCCUCAGUUACAUCAGCCUCAUCAGAAAACCAUCCAUCAGCACAGAGUAUAUCAAUGAAUUCAUCAAUAUCAGAAAACAAUCCCACAACAGCACAAGUCACAUCCACUUCAGAACCGACUUCGGAAUCGCAUCCGAUAGUGACACAAGUCUCAUCAAUAACUGAGUCUCCAUCAGAAACCAGUCAGGGAUCAUCACAAGUAGCCUCAACAGUCUCAUUGGUAACUGGGUCUUCACCGGGCAGCCACUCAACAGUGACACAAUUUUCAUCAUCAAAAGAGCCUGCAUCUGAAUGGUCCCCUGCAUCAACACAAGCGUCAGCAGUAACAGUGAAUUCAUCAGCAACCCAUCCAACCACAGUGAAAGAAUCAACUACACCGGCCUCAUCAGAAACCUAUCCAUCCCCACAGAGUACAUCGAUAAAUUCUUCAACAUUCGAAAACAACUCAACAACAGCACAGGUGUCACCCAUAACUGGGUCUUCUUCAGAAUCCUUUCCAAAAGUAACAGAACCUUCAUCAAGCAUUGAAACCCCAAAACAGACCAGUCAGGAAUCAUCACAGAAAACCUCUUCAGGACAAUCUUCAUCUGAAUCUCAUCCAGCAAACACCCCAGUAACACUGAUGACACAAUCAUCAUCACAAUCUCAGCCAACAAUCUUGCAACUAUCAUCCAGCACUGAGUCCUCAGCAGAAACCACUUCAAGAGAUGCACUAGUGUCCCCAGUAAAGGAGACACCAUCAGUAACACACCCAACAACGAGUAAUGUGUCAUUCCAAACUGUGCCAUCAUCAGAAAGCAAUCCAGAAGUCACACAACUAUCAUUAACAACAAAGUCUUCGUCUGAAUUAUAUCCCACAACAACGCAGGUGUCAGCAGUAACACUGACUUCAUCAGGAACCCAAUCUACACAAAGAGAGUUGUCAUCAAUAACAUCGUCCUCAGCUGAAAACUAUUCAUCUGCACAGCCAUCAUGGCAGACUCCUUCUACACCAGAAUCUGGGUCAACAAGAUCACAAUUCGUAUCUGUAACUGAAUUUUCAUCAGAACUCCAUGGCGCCCAUGCUCAAAGAUCAUCAACAACUGAGACAUCAUCAGAAAUGUAUCCAACAACACAGACAUCAGCAGGAACAAUGUCUUCAUCAGAGACACAUCUAACAACUGGACAAAUAUCACUGGCAACGUCUUCAUCACUGAUCCAAUCAACACCACAAGGGUCAUUAGUAACUGCAUCCAGUUCAAUCACAGCACAAGAUCAUUUGAACCUGAGUCCAGUUCAACCACCGCACAGGCACCAAGACAAGUACAACACGAAUAUCUUCAACAAUGGAAACUUCAUCAGAAUUGUCCCCUGCACCAAUACAUGGGUCAUUUGUAACACUGAAUUCAUCAGCAAACACUCUAACCACAAUGAAAUCCUCCUCAGUAAAGCACGAGUAUCUUCAGUAACUGCGACAUCAUCAGGCACAUAUCCAACAACGAAUUUGACAUUGAAGACUGUGUCAUCAUCAGAAAGCAAUCCAACAAUAAUACAAGUAUCAUCAAUAACUAAGAGUUCAUCUGAAUUGUAUCCCACAACAUCACAGGUGUCAGCAGUAACCCAGACUUUGUCAGAGAUCCAGACAACACAAGGACAAUUGCCAUUAUUAACAUCGUCCUCAGCUGAAAACUAUUCAUCUGCACAGCCAUCAUCACAGACUCCUUCUACACGAGAAUCAGGGUCAUCAAGAUCACAAUUCACAUCAAUGACUGAGUCUUCAUCAGAACACCAGGGUACCCAUGCCAAAAGAUCAUCAAUAACUGCGACAUCAUCAGAAAUGUAUCCAACAACAAAACAGACAUCAGCAGUAACAAUGUCUUCAUCAGAGACACAUCCAGCAACUGCACAAAUAUCAUCACUGGCAACAUCCUCAUCACUGAAAGACUCAAUACCACAAGGGUCAUUAGAAUCUGCAUCAAGUUCAACCACGGCACAGGUACCAUCAAUAACUGGCUCUUCAAAAGAAACAAGUCAACCAACUUCACAAGUAUCAUCAAUCACAAAACAUUCAGCACUGACUGAAGAAAGUAACAAUGUCUCGUUCGUUACUGGGUCUCCAUCAGGCAGCUGGACAACAACGUCAUCAGAAUCCCAUCCAACCACAGUGAAAUCUUCGUCAUUGACACCAGCCUCAUCAGAAACAUAUUCCUCAGCACAGAGUGCAUCAAUAAAUUCUACAACAUCAGAUACCAAUGCAACAACAGCACAAGUGGCAUCCAUAACUGGGUCUUCUUCAGAAUUACAUCCAAUAGUGACACAAGUCUCAUCAACAACUGUGUCUCUACCGGAAACCAGUCAGGGAUCAUCCCAAUUAUCCAUUUUAGGACAAUUGUCAUCUGCAUCUCAUUCAGCAACAACUCCAUUGACACACACAACUCAUUCUUCAUCAGAAACACAGCCAACAAGGAUACAAUCAGUAUCCAGUACUGACCGCUCAGCAGGAAGUACUUCAGGAGAAGCACCAGAGUCUCCAGUAACUGAGACAUCAUCACAAACACAUCCAACAACAAGGAACAUGUCUAUCAAAACUUUGAAAUCAUCAGAAAGCAAUCCAACAAUGACACAAGUGUCAUCAAUAACUAAAACGUCACCACAAAUGCAAUCUACAACAUCACAGCUGUCAACAGCGACACAGACUUCAUCACUGACCCACUCAACAGAAAACAAAUUUUCUUUGCUCGCGUCAUCCUCAACUGAAACCCAUCUAUCUGCACACACAUCAUCAGUGACACUUGCUACAGGAGGAUCCAAUCGAACAACAUUGCAACUCUCAUCAAGACCUGAGUCUUCAUCACAAUCCCAGGCUGUACAUACCCACCAAUCAUCAAUAAGUGAGACAUCACCAGAAUUGUAUCCACCAACAACACAGACAUCAGCAGUAAUAAUAUCUUCAUCAGAGACACAUCCAACAACUGAACAAAUAUCAUCACUGGCAAUGUCUUCAUCACCGAUCCACUCAACACCUCAAGGAUCAUUCGAAACUGCGUCCAGUUCAACCACCGCACAGGUACCAUCAAUAACUGGCUCUACAACAGAAACAAGUCAAACAACUUUACAAGUAUCAUCGAUCACAAAACAUUCUGCACUGACUGAACAAAGUAACACCUUCUCAUUGAUAACUGGGUCUUCAUCAGGCACCAAGACAAGUACAACACGAAUAUCUUCAACAAUGGAAACUUCAUCAGAAUUGUCCCCUGCACCAAUACAUGGGUCAUUUGUAACACUGAAUUCAUCAGCAAACACUCUAACCACAAUGAAAUCCUCCUCAGUUACAUCAGCCUCAUCAGAAAACCAUUUGUCAGCACAGAGUGUAUCAAUGAAUUCAUCAAUAUCAGAAAACAAUCCCACAUCAGCACAAGUCACAUCCAUAACUGAGCCUUCUUUGGAAUCACAUCCAACAGUGACACAACUCUCAUCAAUAACUGAGUCUCCAUCAGAAACCAGUCAGGGAUCAUCACAAGUAGCCUCAACAGUCUCAUUGGUAACUGGGUCUUCACCGGGCAGCCACUCAACAGUGACACAAUUAUCAUCAUCAACAGAGCCUGCAUCUGAAUUGUCCCCUGCAUCAACACAAGCGUCAGCAGUAACAGUGAAUUCAUCAGCAACUCAUCCAACCACAGUGAAAUUAUCAACCACACCGGCCUCAUCAGAAACCUCUCCGUCCCCACAGAGUACAUCAAUAAAUUCUUCAAUAUUCAAAAACAAUUCAACAACAGCACAGGUGUCAUCCAUAACUGGGUCUUCUUCAGAAUCCCAUCCAAAGGUAACAGAAUCCUCAUCAAUCACUGAGACCUCGUUAGAGACCAGUCAGGGAUCAUCACAGAAAACCUCUUCAGGACAAUCUUCAUCUGAAUCUCAUCCAGCAAGCACCCCAGUAACACUGAUGACACAAUCAUCAUCACAAUCUCAGCCAACAAUCUUUCAACUAUCAUCCAGCACUGUGUCCUCACCAGAAACCACUUCAAGAGAAGCACUAGUGUCCCCAGUAAAGGAGACACCAUCAGUAACACACCCAACAACGAAUAAUGUGUCAUUCCAAACUGUGCCAUCAUCAGAAAGCAAUCUAAUAAUGACACAAGUAUCACCAGCAACUAAGUCUUCAUCGGAAUUGUAUCCCACAACAACGCAGGUGUCAGCAGUAACACAGACUUCAUUAGGGACACAGUCAACUGAUAAAGAAUUGUUAUCAAUAACAUCAACCCCUGCAGAAACCUAUCCAUCUGUGCACCCAGUCUCUGUGACUCCAUCUACACCUGAACCCAGGCCAUCAACUUCCCAAGUAUCACCAAUAACUCAGUCUUCUUUACAAUCCCAUGCAGUACAUACCCAACGAUCAUCAAUAACUGGGACAUCAUCAGAAACGUAUCCUGCGGCAGCUGAAACAUCAGCAGUAAAAAUGUCUUCAUCAGAGACCCAUCUGACAUCUGCACAAAUGUCAUCAUUGUCAAUAUCCCCAUCUGAAAUCCACUCAAUACAUGCAAGUUCAUCACAUCCAACAGCAACACCCAUACAAUCAGCAUUGACUUCAUCAGGUGGCCAUGUAAAAUCUACGCAACUGUCCUUUACUAUUUUAACAAAAUAUUCAUCACCUGCUUCGUCAAGAUCAUUGUCUUCUGGUUCUACAUCAAAACAGUUGCCAAUUGUUUCUUCCUCUGCUUUUCAUUCUACUCCAGGAAUAUUGAGUACAGUAUCAAAAUCCAUGUUCUCAUCUCUCCAACCAUCCACUGUAGAAAUAAACACUUCAUCUCAUGUCAAUUCCAAAUCAGUUACUUCUCAUUCUGAAGAAUCGACAGUCCCCUUUGUUUCUUCUUCAGGCAGCGAGAAAACAUCUUCUGUGCCAAUUUCAGUUUUGCCAAUUGAGAGAACCAGUCCAAACCAAUCACAUUUGACCAGUCCCCCAACGGAAGGCUCUUCUUUAAUGCAGUCAACAUCAUAUAAAACAACCAAACAAGAUGUUUCUGUUCCUCAAAAUUCCACUGGACCGACACCUAAUGGGGAAACCACCUUUCUGAAUUUUACUCAUACUCAGUCUGAUAAAACUGCUUCAAAACUGCUUAUUUCAGCUUCCACUCUCAAGAAGAAAAGACAAACAACUUUGUAUCCAUCUGUUGAAGAUACCACAACUCAAAUUAUUCCUGUCAGUUCUGCUAAUUCUACAUUGCCAAUUACUUCUCAUCCAAAUCCCACAAACUCUACCAUGGCUACAACCAUGGACUACUGCAGAAAAUGCACAUGCCUAAAUGGAGGAACCUGUAACUCAAGUGCCACAACAGAAGACUAUUGUCUGUGUCAUUGUCCACCAUCUAUUUAUGGAAAUCUAUGUCAAAAUGGAAACAACAUCUCCAAUGUUGUACUAAGUCCAGAUUCACCACAGCGGGAAAUCAAUUUGAUCCUUUGGAUAAACAGAACCUGGGAUGUAAAACUGGAGAACACCUCAUCUGUGGAAUAUAGGCAUCUCACUGAUAACCUAGUAACAUUACUGUCUCCGCUGUUCAGAAAAGCUUCACCAAAACAUUUCGACAAAGUGAUCAUAAAUGAAUUCCGAGCAGGAAGCAUUGUAACAAAUAGCAGCGGACUCUAUAACUACAGUGCCAAUCAGGCAGAAAUCAAUUAUUUAAACAAUGGCCUUGCAACAAGAGUGCUGAACAUUGUUAACAACACGGAUCUGCUGGAAAAUCUUACAGCAUCUGUGCAUACCACCGUGACUCUCACUCGUGUUUAUGCUCCACCUCCACUGAUCACGAAUGUCACAGAAUUGAACAUGACGUGUGAUAUAAAGUUUGCAAGUUACAAAUUGAACUGUGGCAGUGGAAACCACUGUAUUUGUGAGGGGCCCUGCAAAAGAAAUCCUGCAGUCUGUAACAAUAAUGGACACUGUCUCAAUCAAGUUGAUGGCUCUACCUGUCUGUGUUAUCAGCAUACAUUUUACCAAUAUACAGGGAAACACUGUCAAACAUUCACAAGGAACUCAAGAUUCUAUGGUGUGCUGUUUGGUGUGUUGGCAGCUGGUCUGCUCCUCCUCCUUGUCAUCAUCAUUACUAUUAUAUUUUGCUAUCGGAGAAAAAGAUCACGGGGCUCUGACCGUCGACACUCACUCAAGUGGUAUUCAAUAGAUGAAGAAUAUUUCAGAUUUCCACAAACAGAUUUGACUGCAGAGACCCCGACACAAAAUGAUGGGAAGCCUCUGGGAAAAAGAAGAGGAAAAUACAGCUUGGAUGAACACCAAAUGUUUGAAGAUGAGUUGGGGUCUGGUGUUUGGAGACCAAACUUAGAUGAGGUAGACACAGAAGCUGAGAUACGAGCUAAACGCCCUGAAAUGGUUAUGCCGUCAUCAGGUGAACACUGACAAUUGGCACAUCCGGUCUUUGAACAUGUUUUCAUGACAGGGAAUUUAAACAUCUGUAAAAUGUGGACACACAUCAAAUUGUUCAAAAACACUUCUGUUUGUUCAGAGAAUAUCACUUACGAAAUAUGGAAGAUUCUAAUACUCAGAGGCAUGGCUUAAUUUAGUAUUUUCUAAUAUAUAUCAGGGUUAUAUAGUUCCAGAAAACUCAGUGAUUAUUUAACAUGGUUAAUACAAAGUCACCUUUUUGAAAGUUACAAUGGUUUUAAAUUCUAUGGAAUAGCCUGUUAGAUUUUGUAAAGCAUUUAUAUAGUUACACAGAUGGAAGUGUACUCACGAGAAACUACUUGAAACCUCUGUAAUUUCUGUAUGUAAUAAGAAUGGCAAAUAGUGAUUGUAUAGUUACUGUAAAAUUCUAGUGUAUGCUACACCUUCAGCAAUAGGCACCAGGAUGAAUGGAGUGCCUUCUAAACAGACUGUAAGAGAAUAUCACAAGCGCAGUAGGUAUAUUUUGGCAUCCAGCAUAAAACCAAAGGAUUUAUCUAAGACUUUCAGAGCCCAGGAAUCCAGUUCAUUUAUGGCUCAAAGAUGGGCAAGGGCACACCCCAAUGUAUUACUUAAUCACAUCAUGACAACCAGGAUACUAUCCAGGCAAGGUAAACCCCUACCAGUUCUUGAUUCAAGGAUCUUAUCUCUGUGAGCAAGGACAGGCUGUGCUGUGAUCUAUCUAACUGAUAACAGAAAGCAGACAUUGGUCAGUUGGAAACAUGGUGGCCUCAUCCAGUUGCUCAAGAAAUAAAGGACAUGAAGAGAAAAGGAAUCGACUUAGCUUUAAUACAUUUUGAAAUAAAAGACCCUUUAGAUACCAGAGCUUAACAUACCUAAUGAUAUGUUAAUAGGCAGUGCCUUCAGGAGAGUAGAAAACUGACAGCAUAAAUACAGGUGUGAUUUGAACCCUUGGGUUUACAGUAAUAUCAUUAAAAUCUAUUCAAUUUCCACAUUAAUCUUUUACAAUCAAAUCUGUAGAAUUCUAGAGGGAAAGUACAUCAGUUGUCUAUUUAGGAUAAGAUACAUUUCAGUUUCAGGAUCAUUGGUGCAGAAAAUGUGUUUAAAUUAUGUUAAUUGAGAUGAAGUUGAAUCUAUUUAAUAUUGAACCUUUUUCUUACCUUAAUUACAUUAUGUUUGUUAUAAAUUAAUUAUUAUUAAGUACUCAUUUGCAC